AUGUUGCUUUACCACAGACCAGUCCCAGCUAAGAUUCCCAAGAGGCGCUCACGAGCAGGAUGUGUACACUGCAAAGAGAAGAAGAAAAAGUGUAAUGAAGAGCGUCCGCAAUGUGAUCGCUGCCUCGAACGGGGCUUGAGGUGUGAAUAUGAGCCCGUCAAGCCCCGGAAGAGGAGAAGGACCGUCUCCAACCCCGAACACAUGGGCAUGAGACCUCCGACCACGGCCCCAGGUCAACACUAUGGCUUCCACGACAGGCUCCAAGCUCUCCGUCAAGACUCAAGCUCCGGCUCCUCCAUCUUAUCUGGAUCACCAACACCGCCUCUUCCAGCUAUCGCGGAGAAUUGGGAAAUCCAUUCGGCCGAUUCAGUCUUCAGUGAUUCCGCUUCAAGCUGCGGCAGCGACACCUUUGGAGACAUGAACUCCCCUCUUCCUCCUUUCACAUCUCUUGAUAGCUUUGCGCGACAUUCCCCUAGCCUCGACCAGGUGAAACAGCUUCACAUGGACCCGCUAGACGGCUUCUCCAAGGACCCUCCACCCUACGAUCCAGAUAUAGUCCAGGUCACGAGAGAAAUGUUCACGGCACCGCCGUCCGCCCUGUCUCGGAGCAGCUCAUAUCCGGAUCCUACAAGCGCCUUUCUCUCCCCACAAUCUGCCGGCUCGCCCUACGACUUUACCCCAAGCGUCCACGCUCAGUCCCCCGGUCUCCCUCCGUACUCGGAGUACACCAGUCGCGAAUCUCGAAGAGGUCUCUUAGAUCACUUUUGCAACGUCUUAAGCCACCUCAUCGUUUUCAAAGAAGAUUCGGGCAACCCUUUCAGACAGCUCGUAUUACCCAUGGCUCGAAAGAGCCCUCCUCUACUCAAUGCCAUCUACGCCAUCUCAAGCGCGCAUCUUGAGCACCGGGGGUUGCAUGUAGAAGAAAGGGCUCUUGAUCUGCAUUCGAAAGCUUUGCAAGGCCUCGCGGGUCUCAUAGCACAUAAGGACGAAGGCAACCGAGAUGAAGUUCUUGCCGUCAUUAUCUUAUUAUUGUAUUACGAAAUCGUGAGAAGUGGCUCUUCUACUGUAUUGAACAGUCAUCUGAGAGGCGCACUAUCAAUAAUGCGGGAACGGAGAGCGAAACGUGGUCCGACCAGUAUCUUCCUUGAAAGGGCGUUCCGGUAUUUCGAUGUGGCUUCCGCUCUCUCAUUCGGCUCUUCCCCUAUGUCCGGGACCAUCCUCGUACCCUCGGCUCAAGAUUUCGUUUCUGUUCACGACCGCUCAGCCAUGGCGUCGGUGGACACUCUCUUCGGCCUCAUGGCAGACCUAUGGCCCGUCAUCCACCGACUCGCCAGCCUGGUAGAUGUCAAGCGAAAUCUGGACAAGGAAGAGUUGCAGAGCCCUGGCCAUGACAAGGCCAAUAAUCUGCGAGCCGAUUUCGAAACCAACACGACUAGCAUUGAGCUCGCGCUGCAACAGUGGGUUCCCAAACUGCCGCCUUCGGUGGUUACGAUUGAGAAUCCGGGUGAUGACUCCCGCCUGCAAUCUAUUCUCAAUAACGCCGAAGCACACAAACAGGCCUCUUUCGUCUUUCUCUAUCGCGUGAUCCUAUCCUAUCCUCGCUCGGAUCCGAAAGUGCAAACGCCUACCAAGCAGACACUGCAAUCAUGCCUCCGCGUCGUCAUAUUCUCUGGUCCCAUGGCGACUCUAGUCUGGCCUCUCUUCACCGCUGCUUGCGAAGCGGUGGAGGAUGUGGACAGGAACGUUGCGCGAACCGUCUUCCGCCACCUGGAAACCAGGCAGGGCAUGAACAACAUUGUCACUGCUUGGGAGGUCUGUGAGGAGAUCUGGCGGAGAAGUGACUCGGGUCACGGUGAGGUUGAGUGGAGAGAUGUGGCGCAGUCCAUGUCGAAAGAGGUGUUGUUUGGUUAA